AUGGAGAGCAUUUAUUUCGAGAAGCAGGAGGGAGGACUGUGUGGCCAGCACGCGCUCAACAUGCUCUUGCAGGACGACCACUUUACUGCUGGGGACCUCGCCGAUAUUGCCCACAAGCUCGAUACCCGCGAGAAUGAGGUGCUUGGCGUUCAACACAACACCAGCAAGAACAUGAACGAGCUCGGCUUCUUCUCCAUCCAGGUGAUGUCCGAGGCCGUGAGGGUGUUCGACCUCGAGCUGAUCAACAUCAUGCACCCCAGCCAGAGCUACAUCAGAGAAGAUCCGUUGCGAGCCGAGGCAUUCAUUCUGAACCGACACGAGCAUUGGUUUGUCGUCCGUCGAAUUGCACACUUGUGGUUCCUGCUGAACUCGUUGCACAAAGGCCCGGAGCUGCUGUCUGAAACUUACGUCGGAAUGUUUCUCCAACAGAUGCAGUUGGACGAACAUGUGGUCUACGUCGUUACUGGGAAAUUGCCGGUAUGCCAGGGCGAGGCGAUCUUGACGGUGUUCGGUUUGGGGGAAGCGACGGAGCUUAGGAAGGAAGCUCCAAAGGACGGCGUGAUAACCGGAUUCGGACGGCGUCUCGGUUCUAUUGUCGAUGACAUCUCGUCGAUGGUGCUCGGUAGCUCAUCGGCUGAUCAGGAGACACCGAUGGAGCAAGCAAUCCGACAGAGUCUCGCCGAUGCUGAUCGUGCCGGUCCUUCCGUUUCACUCGACAGCGGGGACGCGGAUCUUCAGGCCGCUAUUCAACUGUCACUACAGGAGGAAGAAACGCCAAUUUUGGGCUCGACCACGCCAUCUGAGAUGGAGCUGGACAAUGGUGACUCCGCUCGCGUCUCGAAUUUGAGGGCCCUGCGCGCAGCGUUCCUCGACCGUCAUGACAAGAAG